GACAGCAGCCAAGUACCAGACCAGCACCACCAAGUCAACUAAAACAUCUACCAAGUCUUCAACGACCGCAACUAAACCGCAAACUGCCGGUAGCAAGAACGGAUCUACUACCAAGUCCAAGGGGAAACGUCCCCUCGGUCCUCAGCAGUCUGACAUUGCGAAUGAUAGGUUUGUGAAGAUUGACGGUUUACCAGAAGCUGGGUAUACAGAGGAAGAUGUUCUGGCUCUGGUGAAGCCUUACGGAUAUAAACCUGGACUCGACAACUGUUUUAUUCUGCCCAGCCAGAGAUGGGCCAUAGUCCGUAUGGAGAGAGUGCAGAAGAGCUUUGCCAUGUUGACAAACUACACAAUGUCUCCUCCUAAACUACUAGACUGUCCCCUCACCUUCACGUUGACCCGCCCUGAUACAAACCUUCACCAGGAGGGUGUGUUCACAACUCUGAAUGGCCUCACCCCUACGGACCCGACGUUGAAGGAACGUCUUCUGAUUGUCAGUAACGUCCCCACAGGGACCGCAGCAGCCAAGGAGGUUCACGACCUCGUCAAACGCGCCGGCUCCUACCUCGACUCGCUGUCUCUGAUCGACAGGAUCUAUUUUGAGAUGGAAUCUUCGUCGGUGGCGAUGGCAGUGUGUCUUCAUUUCCAGAAGUCCCCCAGUGUAGUUCAGAACAAACCUCUGAAGGUCAACAUGCUGGCCAAGGUUAAACAGCCACUGCAGCCCCCAGCCCAGAAGACAUCUGUUGUCAGCACCAAAGCCAAGAAGAAACCGAUCAAAGGCAAGAAGCCUGUAGCUAAAGGUGUGGCAGCACCAGUUAAACCUGUUACUUCCACAACCACCACUACCAGCACCAAUGCUGCGGUCUCAUCCUCUCAGCCUGUUGCUGUGGCUACCAAGCAACCGGGUGACGACGUCAUCGUCGCGGAGGCCAAGCAACCAGGAAGUGACGUUGCGGUGAUGAAUUCCGACGGAAAGGCAACGGUGGCGGAGUCUGGAGGAAAAGGGGGUGGGAUUUCCUCGACAAAAGAUGGGAAGAAGAAGAACGGCCAUCCUCCCAAAGAGGAUGGAGGGAUGGAAACUGAGGAGGAGGCAAAAGAAAAUAAGGAAGACCCUGCGACCGUCGACAUCGGCGUUUCCGCCUCGUUACCUACGGUUACCGUGUCCGCUCCCAAGGAAGAGGUCGCCAUGGAAACCCAGAGCACCGACGGCGUCGCCUCGACCAAUGAGAUUGCAGCAGAACCCGAACAGGUCCCACAACAGGGCAGUGAUGUCAUUGCGUUGGUUAGUGAAACCGUGACGACUGUGGCCACAACAGAACCUUGGCUGAUCUCCGCUGUGGAGGGAGCUAAUAACGUCGCCAAACCCGUCGACUCCGACACCGUUGCCGCCUUUGUACCGGCACAAACACCGGCCCCUGUCCCGGUAGAGUUAAAUGUUGAAGACAAACCUCAGGACUUUCCUCCGGUGACUGAGGAGAUCCUCAAGGCCCUGGAGGCAGCGGUGCACCAACACCGUAUGGGGAGACUGGUGGAGGAACAGGCUAAACAGGAACAGAACCAGGGAGAGGGGAUCCAGGCCAAGCCUCUACCCAACAAGAAGAGCCCUGCAGCUGGGGAGACGGCGGAGAAGAAGACCCCGGCUGGAGAAAAGAACCAGGGAGAGGGGAUCCAGGCCAAGCCUGUACCCAACAAGAAGAGCCCUGCAGCUGGGGAGACGGCGGAGAAGAAGACCCCGGCUGGAGAAAAGAACCAGGGAGAGGGGAUCCAGGCCAAGCCUGUACCCAACAAGAAGAGCCCUGCAGCUGGGGAGACGGCGGAGAAGAAGACCCCGGCUGGAGAAAAGAACCAGGGCCCGGCUGAGCCAGAAGAGAAGACUGGGGAGAAAGAGACGAAGAAGAAAGAGGAGCCACGCCCAGAGAAGAAGUCACAGCCGGACAAAAAGCAUCCGACACAAGCUAAAAAGACCACCGACACGAAGGAGACACCUUCAGGAUCUGGGCAACCAGACCACAAGAAUGGGAAGACCCAGGCUUCUGGAGGGAGAGGCCGGCGCGGCGACCGCUUUUCCCCAGAAAGGAGAGACUCUUCUAGGCAUAGAAGCAGCCGGGCUCCUUCCGAGGAGGGGCAGGAUCCUCCGACGUCGAGACAUGGAAACUCCUCUAGCUCCUCUUCUGGCUCCCGCAGGAGCAGCAGACAGGACGGCAGCCCCGCCAAGAAGAAGGGGAGGAAAGGAGAGGAGAGGAGCAAGAGCCACGGCAGAAGCAGUAAAACGACUCUCUCCUCUAGGAGCAGGUCUAGAGAUAAGGCUAGUUGCUACGUGGGAGAUGAGUUUGACGUCAUCCCCGGUGAAGCCAACUCCUUCGAUCUGGACCAGUUCAACAUGGACCAGUUUGUUACUGUGGACGAGGUGGAAGGGGAUGAGGCUGAGAACACCAACCCACCGCAGUCAUCCUCAUCUUCGUCACACAAGACUCAAGAUAACGCCUCGGAAAGUUCAAAACGAUCGUCCAAACGCAAGAGGGGUACCCCAGAUUCCCCAAAUCUGAAAUCUAGCCAGGAGCACAAGGAGUCACCCCCGUCCUCCUCCUCUACCCCCCCUGCUCAGAAGACUCCACGAAAAGCCGCAGCAAAAAGGGCGGCAGCUAAACCUCAACCACCUGCCACCUCUGGACGCAAGACCAGGUCAUCAGCAGCUGUUGUUGAAGCAACCGAAGCCGCAGAAACCCAGGAAGCCGCCGCCGCCAAAGACACCACCAGCAUAGCCGAUACGGAGGCGGAGCCUGUUCCCUUGGAGACUCAGUCUCAGUCGGAAGAGGAAGUAGUAGUGGUCACUAAGGGAUGUGACACGGAGGAUGUAGUACCGUCAUCCCGCCACCAGAUGUCAGUGUUGGACACUGCAGUGACAGACAACAAGGAAGAGAAAAGUGCUGUGUCAGAGAGCGAUAUGGAGACGACAGCUGAAAAACCUCCAGAGGUAGAGGGGAGCGAGGACACUACCCAGGCUGAAAAAGGUUCCUCGAUUCUGGGUACCGAGGCUCAGAAUGGAGCCUGUCCACUGGAGCUUGGUCUGACCCAUCCGUCUGCCUCAGCCAAGGAGCGAGACCUUCAGAAGGCCCUGGAACUACAAGAGGUGGAGACGGUGUCGGGUCACCAGGUGCCCCGAUCACUUAUCGAUAAAGUACAUGAUGAUGAUGAUGAUGGUGGUGAUUUCCAGAUACUCGACGAAGCUGUGGACGAUGACACACCUAGAGACGGAGAAGAGGGCAGUCAAGACACUCAAGAACAGUCUGUAUCUCUAUCUCUGGGUUACCAGGCGCCUGCGGCCUCCGAAUCUACAGGUUCCCAGGUGCCUCAAACUACUUUAGAGGAACACGAAGAGAUCUCCGACGACCAAGAAGAAUCUGCUUUCCAGAUCCUCGACUCCCUAGAAGACACUGAAGACAACAUGGCCGACUCCUCUCUCGCAGGCCAACGAGGCCGAAGAGAUUCUCUACCCAGAGAGAUGGAGGGGUUCCAGAUACUAGAUUCAGUCGACGAUCAGACGGAAACGACUCAAGCUCUGGACAACCAUACGACUGAAUCUAAAUGUCAGGGAGGCUCCAAGCCUCUAAAGGGGGGCAAGAAGGCACCCCAAAAGAAGGGUAAGAGGGUACCCACAACUCAAAAGGUGACCAAGACCGCAAUAGGAGAGUCCGAGGGGGGUACCCCGAAAAAGAGUAACCUUGUCACCUUGGAUGAGGUGAGCGAGGAGGAGGAGGCUUACCCAGAUGACGCCGCCGAAGAGGAAGAACUGAUUAAGAAACAAAAACUCGCCAAGGAGAAGCAGCGAGAGAAGGAAAGAGGGAAGGAGAGAGAGAAAGGGAGGAGGAGUAGAGAGAAGGAACGGAAGAGGGAGGAGGAGAGAGAGGAGAGGGUCGGAGUGGAUACUGAGGGCUUGGUGACUUUGGAUGAGAUCGGAGAGGAUGAAUCAGGAGACCCCUUCAACCCAGAGACUCUGGUAACCCUGGAUGAGGCUGGAGGUGAUGGGAAGGAUGAGAUGGAGGAGGAAGAGCAGAACAAGAGUCCUGAACCAGCGCAGAUCCAGCAAGCUGAUAACACAGGGUCUCCUGGUGCAGAGGACGACUGCAGGGGCAUGGAGGAUAUCAGGAGAAUGGACUUUGUGACCGUGGAUGAAGUGGGAGAGGAGGAGGAAGAGGAGGAGGCUGUUGCUACAAGGAGAGGAGCCAGGGGGAGGAAGAGGGCCCGACAGACCUCUGCCAGGAAAUCAGUGAAAGCAAAGAAGGUGAGCGUCAAAAACGAGGAAGAAGAGGAGCCUCGGGCAGAUAUUACUCCUCCCACUGACCCAGCUUCCGUUGACGCUCCCUCCUCAUUGCUCCAAGUCGCUGUGACCUCAGAGGUGGACGCCCAACCAGCUGCCUCAGUUCCAGACCUCCAGGAGAAAGAGACGGAAGCUGAUACCCCGCCAGACCAACCCAGCCUGGAGGCCUCCUCAGCUGGGCAGGAGAGGCAGACUGACCCCCCUGAGAACCAGAGUCUGGAGGGGAAACGGGAGACAACAGACAUGACUGUUGGAAAGACUUGUACCGAGUCCACAACACUACAAGAAGACAGUAAACAGAGAAGAGAGGAGGAAGAGGAGCCUGAAUUAAAGCGUUGUCGUUCUGAGUCUCCUCUGAUCACAGACUUCAAACUGCCUCCCUUCAGUCCUCACAACCCUAUAGGCCAGGACUUUGUGGUUCCUAAGACAGGGUUCUUCUGUAAGUUGUGUUCUCUGUUCUACGGGAGUGAAGACAGAGCCAAGAAGACCCACUGCAGCACUCUGCAACACUAUCAGAACAUGCAGAAAUAUUACCUGACGCGUCAGAAGCAACAAGCAGGAAGUUCUAGCCACGGCUCCGAAUGACCCCCUUGACCCUGCAUGUUUUCCAAAUGGCACCCUAUUCCCUACAUAGUGCACUACUAUAGACCAGAGCCCUAUUCCCUACAUAGUGCACUACUUUAGACCAGAGCCCUAUUCCCUACAUA